AAAAAAAAAGAAAAAAAAAAAGGACACUGCUACCUACAACCUCUCAGCGAGUGAACUAAACUUAAAUCGUAGUAGAAGCCACAGCAGCUGAAGCUGACCCCCAGGUAGCAUGAACAGCAUGAAUCAGAUAGAUACAAACAUGCAGUACACCUACAACUACGAAGAAGAUGAGUACAUGACCCAAGAAGAAGAAUGGGACAGGGACCUGCUCCUGGACCCAGCAUGGGAGAAACAGCAAAGGAAGACGUUUACAGCCUGGUGCAAUUCCCACCUCAGGAAAGCAGGAACACAGAUCGAGAACAUUGAGGAGGACUUCAGAAAUGGCCUCAAACUGAUGCUCCUCUUGGAAGUUAUCUCAGGGGAAAGGCUACCAAAACCAGACAGAGGGAAGAUGCGUUUCCAUAAAAUUGCUAAUGUCAACAAAGCUCUGGACUACAUUGCCAGCAAAGGAGUGAAACUUGUGUCCAUUGGUGCAGAAGAAAUUGUGGAUGGCAAUGUGAAAAUGACACUGGGUAUGAUCUGGACUAUCAUCCUUCGUUUUGCUAUUCAGGAUAUUUCAGUGGAAGAGACCUCUGCUAAAGAAGGGCUGCUGCUGUGGUGUCAAAGGAAAACUGCUCCUUACAGAAAUGUGAACAUUCAGAACUUCCAUCUUAGCUGGAAAGAUGGCCUUGGAUUAUGUGCACUUAUCCACAGACACCGACCUGAUCUUAUUGACUACUCCAAGCUAAAUAAGGAUGACCCCAUAGGGAAUAUCAACCUUGCCAUGGAAAUUGCUGAAAAGCAUUUGGAUAUCCCAAAGAUGCUGGAUGCAGAAGAUAUUGUGAACACUCCCAAACCUGAUGAGAGAGCUAUCAUGACAUAUGUGUCCUGCUUCUACCAUGCUUUUGCUGGAGCAGAGCAGGCUGAGACUGCAGCUAACCGGAUCUGUAAGGUGCUUGCUGUGAAUCAGGAAAAUGAGAGGUUGAUGGAAGAGUAUGAGAGACUAGCAAGUGAGCUUUUAGAAUGGAUUCGCCGGACAAUUCCUUGGCUGGAAAACAGGACCCCAGAAAAAACAAUGCAGGCUAUGCAGAAGAAAUUAGAGGAUUUCCGGGACUACCGCCGCAAACACAAACCUCCCAAAGUCCAGGAGAAAUGUCAGCUGGAGAUCAAUUUCAACACCCUGCAGACAAAACUGAGAAUUAGCAAUCGGCCAGCUUUCAUGCCAUCAGAGGGGAAAAUGGUUUCAGAUAUUGCCGGUGCUUGGCAGAGACUUGAACAAGCUGAGAAAGGCUAUGAGGAGUGGCUGCUGAAUGAAAUACGGCGACUGGAAAGACUUGAACACUUGGCUGAGAAAUUUAGGCAGAAGGCUUCCACUCAUGAACAGUGGGCAUAUGGCAAAGAGCAGACCUUGCUUCAGAAGGAUUAUGAGUCUGCCUCUCUGACAGAAGUCCGUGCCAUGUUAAGGAAACAUGAAGCUUUUGAGAGCGAUUUGGCUGCUCACCAGGACAGGGUGGAACAGAUCGCUGCCAUUGCCCAGGAGCUGAAUGAACUGGACUACCACGAUGCUGCAAGUGUCAAUGAUAGGUGUCAAAAGAUAUGUGACCAAUGGGACAGCCUGGGAACACUCACUCAGAAAAGGAGAGAGGCACUGGAGAGGACAGAGAAAUUGCUCGAAACAAUUGAUCAGCUUCACCUGGAGUUUGCCAAAAGAGCUGCUCCUUUCAACAACUGGAUGGAAGGUGCUAUGGAGGACCUACAGGACAUGUUUAUUGUUCAUAGCAUAGAGGAAAUUCAGAGUUUAAUCUCUGCACACGAUCAAUUUAAAGCUACUUUGCCUGAGGCAGAUGGUGAACGACAGGCCAUACUGUCAAUCCAGAAUGAAGUUGAAAAAGUUAUCCAGAGUUACAACAUGAGAAUAAGUGCAACCAAUCCUUACAGCACCGUUACAGUCGAAGAGAUUCGUAGCAAGUGGGAAAAGGUGAAGCAGCUGGUGCCUCAGAGGGAUCAAUCCUUGCAGGAGGAAUUAGCCCGCCAGCACGCCAACGAGCGCCUGCGCCGCCAGUUUGCUGCUCAGGCCAAUGUCAUCGGGCCAUGGAUCCAGACCAAGAUGGAGGAAAUUGCCCGCAGUUCUAUUGAAAUGACAGGGCCUUUGGAGGACCAGAUGAAUCAGCUGAAGCAAUAUGAGCACAAUAUCAUUAAUUAUAAACACAAUAUUGACAAACUGGAAGGAGAUCAUCAGCUUAUACAAGAAGCCCUGGUGUUUGACAACAAGCACACCAACUAUACCAUGGAGCACAUCCGUGUUGGUUGGGAGCUCCUGCUUACCACCAUUGCUCGGACUAUCAAUGAGGUUGAGACUCAGAUCCUCACAAGAGAUGCCAAGGGUAUCACCCAGGAACAAAUGAAUGACUUCAGAGCAUCAUUCAAUCACUUUGACAGGAGGAAGAAUGGAUUGAUGGACCAUGAUGAUUUCAGAGCUUGCUUAAUUUCAAUGGGUUAUGAUUUGGGUGAAGCUGAGUUUGCCCGAAUCAUGUCUCUGGUCGACCCCAAUGGGCAAGGAACCGUCACUUUCCAGUCCUUCAUUGACUUCAUGACCAGAGAAACGGCAGAUACAGACACAGCUGAGCAAGUGAUAGCUUCCUUCAGAAUCCUGGCUUCAGAUAAGCCUUAUAUCCUGGCAGAUGAGCUGCGUCGAGAGCUGCCUCCCGAGCAGGCUCAGUACUGCAUCAAGAGAAUGCCUCCGUACACCGGCCCGGGAUCUGUUCCUGGGGCUCUGGAUUACACCUCUUUUUCAUCAGCACUGUAUGGAGAGAGCGACCUCUGAUUCAGUAAUUGGCUGUAUUCAUGGUAGACACUAAAAAUACCCACCUUAUUGCCCAGAUUGCUUCUCAAAAGCUUGACAAGCUGAUUUAAAAACAAAUUUUACAAAUACAGUAGGUACUGUCAGUGUAAAGCGCUUGUAACUGAAGUAACCGGUGUAUAUUAACGUGUGCAGCACACUAGAUACCUGCCUUGUUGGUUUUAGGUUGUCUGUCCUAUGCAAUGCUAGAAAAUCUAUUUUUAAAAUUGCAAGAUAUUAACUUUGGAAAUAUAUGUUCA